CUUCAGCCAUGUCCUGGAGCGCGCUGCCUGCCUGGGCGCUGUAAGCGUUCUCCGCCCGCCUUCCAGGUGCCCUACCCGCCACGCCAGCUGCUGCGUGACUUCCAGAGCCACCUGCCCUACCAGUACCUUCACUACGCACAGUUCAAGGCUAACCGGCUGGAGAAGGCGGUGGCCGCCGCCUACACCUUCCUCCAGAAGAACCCGAAGCAUGCGAUCACCACCGACGGGCCCCUCCCGAACUUGCAGGCCCAGCCCGAGGAGGCCGUCUUCCUCCGGGCUGUGAAGCUCUACAACAGCGGGGGUUCCCGCAGCAGCACGGAGGACAGGGAGCGGGCCCUGGCCGAGUACCUGGCCAUCUUUGCCCGGUGUCUGGCUGGCUGCGAGGGGGCCCACGAGCAGGCGGACUUCAAAGACUUCUAACCAGCCAGAGCAGGGCCUCUGACGUCUCUUUGACCACUCCCACUGGUUGCCGUGGACAGGGCAGCUGCCCUCGGGUACAUGGCCUGGUCUUGGCCACCACUCCUACCUCGUCUCCCCUCCUUGCUCAUCAACUUGCAGCCCUUGGAGCCCUCACUCUGUGCCAAGAAUGCAGCCAGCUCACUCCUGCUGCAGGACUUCUGCUCGUCCUGGGACACUCACCCUCAGGAUCUUUGAGGAUAACUGACUUCCUGGCUGACUCCUUCUGACCUGUACUGCCUUUCCUAACGUUGCUCCAGGAGGCCUUCCCCAAACACACCCUGUACAAGAGCCACCCAGCCCCUCACUGUCACCUCAGCCAGUUUUAUGAUCCUUGUAACACCUAUCACUGUCUAAAUCGCUCCUGUUCAUUUAUCUGCUUGUGUAUCAUGUAGCUCUCUUCAGUAGACUGUCAGCCCCAUGACAGCAAGGGCUUGGUGCUCUGAUCUGUGGGCAUGUGAACCACACACACAUACAUACAAGACACAGACCAUCAAAAAUCCAUUCUGAGAAGCUGUGAGUCUGUAGACCGAGGUCCAGUUCUACCCAAAUGUGCACCUCAGUAAUAUUUGGAAGUAGACCACCUACUUCACCUCUGGGCAUGGACUGGUCAGUGACUCCAGGGUCCUCCCCAGAAAGGACAAGUGGGAGCUUGCUGGUCGUCACAGAACUCAUGUCUUCUCCUGGUGUUUUGACUGAAAUAACAAUCAGCCUUGGCACAAAGGUGAAUUCAAGUGUCCACCACAAAACUGCUUCUACUUUUUAAAAGGCGGUGUGUUCAGGUCUGGUCAUCAAGGUUUCCCAAGGGCUCCUGGCCUCCACACACCCACUUACAGCCCUGCCCUGGGCCUUCUUGUUGGCUCUUCUGCUGCAUCAUCUCUGGUGCAAACACCUGCGGGGGGUGGGGGGCUUGAUUACCUGGGAAUGGCUUUAGCUGUGCUAGCCCCUCUGUGAUAGUUUUUUAAAUGUUAAAAGCACAGAAGGUGACUCUUUAUGUGUUUUCACAAUCAGAAAGGAGGAGAGGAAGCCUUUAAAGUCUGAGUAGGCCAAGAGCGGAGCACUUGCCAACAAAUGAGGAGUAAGGAGGGGAGGCUGAGGGAUGUGAGGGAGGCGGGUGGGGGAGGGGGAGGGCCCGGGUGAUCAUGCGCCCACCUCUGCCCACAGAGGGGAGGGCCCAAGUAGUGUUCACCAGUUACCCAGACCCGUGUCUCUUCCAUCCAACAGAAGUCUCUGCCUUCAGUGCCUUUAAUCACUGGAAAAUUGUAUCAUGGUAACUGGGAUAAAAGAGAUCCCAAAAGCCUGGAAUGUAGCACAAGAGUAGGAAAAAAAUUGAGUUUCCUUGUUUUCAAGUGUUCAAGUAGACACAAAAAUUGUGAAUAAGUGAGCAAAACCCAGCUGGGAAUUCCCGCAGGAGGGAGGCAUACACAGCACUCUUUGGAUAUCAUUCUUGGCUUCCCUCCCUCCUGGGAACAAAACACCCUGGAAAUGGCCAUCAGAAAAGGGGACCAUAUUAGCCAUCCACACCAGGGAAACUCGAGGACCCUCUGCCAGACUGCACCUUAUGGGACCAAACAAGGCAUCUUCGAAAGAAGGCAGCCUGGUACCCCAUCGGGCAGGGCCCACGUAUUCAGGACAAAGUGGGGAUGCUAGCUACCCAGGGAGUCCCCUUCAUCCAUCAGGUAGGGCUGGAGGCCAGGGUGGCCCAGGGUUGAUGGGGUGUGAGGGUGCAUACCUGCAGCUCUCACACCACCCCCAGUGCACUCUGGGACCUUGGCUGGUCACACCUGGGCCCAGUCACAGAGGAGCCCUGAGGAGCAGCUGGUGGCUCCAUGGAGCAGAAAAGCAGGCAGGCACCCUGCCUGGAAUUCCCUAAAGCCUUUGAUUAACUUAUUUGCAGUGGUUAUGUCUUCCUGAAAACUUGUAAGUAAUAAAACUUGCCGUCAGCCCCUGAUACACUGCCCCCUACAGGGCCAAGCCAAUUAUUACCAGGCAAAGAGUAGCCAGAAAACAAGCUGAGGAACUGAUUUGCCAAUCAGAUUCCUCUGAGAGUGGGUGGCAGGCACAGCCCACCACCGGCAACUUUAAUCUCAUCCCCACGUGGAAAAAUAAAACCAGGGAAAUCAAGGUUCCACCCUGACAGUCACACUGGGUAGACUGACCUUCCUCUGUGAGGAUGAGGCAAAGAAAACUCAGAAUCUGGGAAGAUUCUGCAGCUCAAAAUAAACAUCCCCCAAAGGUUCUAGGAAGCUGCCUCCUGGGGGAAAACAAAAAAGAUUUACUGCAACACACAUUUUUAAAAAACAUCAGAAUAUCUGAUUCGAAUUCUCAAUAAGAUUCCAAGGUGCUUUGGAAAAGAUCUAGAAACUAGAAAAGAUCAUGAUAAAGAGGCAGAAAUCUGAGAGCAGGAAGUGUAGCAGGGAGACAGAAACCACAAUAGCUGGAUUCAAACCCAUAAUGCAGGCUGUAAAUAGCAGGCAAGACACUGCAGAAAAUAAAAUCAACAUGGGCAAGGGUAAAAUGGUAAAGAGAUGAAAAGGAAAGAGGCAGGCAGGCAGACACAGGGGAUGUAACCUGGGAAUAAGAGGAAUUCCGGAGAGAAAAGAAUAGAUGAAGCAAAAACAGUAAUCAAAGACAUGAGAGGAGGAAACUUUUCUGGGACACAGAAAGAACUCAGUUGGAAAUGAGAGUAUGUUCUGAGUCCUGAGCAAAGUUAAUAAAAAGAUUACCGCAUUUAGACACACUAUGGUGGAAUUCUCAAAGAAAAAAAGUUAAGAAAAUUUCUGGAACACACACACACACACACACACACACCCUUGGAACAGGAAACUGAAGAGGGAGAGAGAUUUUAUUUUCUUUAUAUCCUCAGUUCUAUUGUUUGUUUUUUAAAAUGUGCAUUAAAAAUAAUUUUAAAAAGAAGUUUACAUUAGGGAGAGGAGUGAUAAAUAAGGAUCUUACAGACUAGGAAAUAAAAGCAAAGAGCCUAAAUUAAAAUGAUCUCAGACUUCUCACAACAUCCAGGGAAGUAAAUGGCCAUUUUUUAACCUCAAUUUGUUAGAACUACACUUUACUUUGUUAACAUAUAUAAAUAUUAUAUAUAGUAUUUGUAGCAGGAUAAAGGAUAUCAAAAUUUAAAUCUUCUUACUUAGAACUUCAGACAUUCAUGAUGCAAUAACUAUCUUUACUACAUUCAAUGCACUUUAAUAUUUUCUAUUCUUGUCUAUAUCAUUUUAUGUUUCUUAAAAUGCACUCUUAUUGUUUCAAAUUGAGGGGUUGUGCCCUGUAGUUUGAAAUAUACUGAUUCAGAAAAACCUAAAGGAAAAGCCAUGUUGUCAUUCAUGAUGAAGGCAACAAAAAGGCCUUUUCAGAUGUGGAAGUUUUUAAAAAAAAUAAUCCCCUCGAAUACUCUUCUUGAAUAAGUCAUAUACUCUUCUUGAAAAUAUAUGCUAGGACACUAGAAAAAAAAUCAGAUGCAAAAACUCAUGAAUAAGAAAAAAGAAUCCAGCUUGAAUCAUCUGCUUAGAGGUGCAGGGAAAGGAAGACUUUCAUAUAUUUCCCCCCCAAAAUAUGAAUUGCUAGCAUCUUUUUUUGCAAUCUUUGGCAAUAUCUUUAUUUGCUUUUAU